AAGGAGGUCUUAUUUGUGACCCAACAUGGAAAGAAUACGUCCUCCAAACUUGGGUUGCGCGACCAGAAGGUAGCAAACCACGACUGCAAAGAAUGUACUGUCAAAUGCAAAGAGGAGACGUGCGGAUAGUAGAUAUGUUAAGCCAUGAUGGCCUUUAUACAUGAACGUCGGUGUUGCUAUCCGCGGACAGAAUCGGGGCUUGGAACGAAUGGGAAAAAAAGGGAAUUUCCGUUUUGUUCAGCGCAAGCUGGCCAAAGUGCGCACGAGUCGAGUGCUUUGAUUUUUUUUUUACCGCUCUUUCAUAAUAAUUUUUUUUGGGUAUAUUUUUUCCAACCUUCCAUCUUCAGGGCCACCUCUUCGUUUUCUCUGCUGUGUAUUUUUUUUUUUUUUUUUCAUUCCUUCGAUAAACCAAUCCUCUUAUAUUAUCGAAUGGCUGCUCAUCAACUACUUGACAAGUUCAGUCUCGAAACUCCAUUCGGUGUUGCUCUGUAUCCUUAUUUCGACAAGGUAUACACUGCAGUCACCGGAAAGUCGGCAAAUUCAUUUGCCUUCAUUGAGGGCGUGACUCCCCUGUCAACACAACGAGAAGUCCUCAUCUCCUGUAUAACUUACUUGGUUGUCAUCUUUGGUGGCCAGUACUUGCUCCGAUCCGCAUCGGCAUUCAAGUUCAAGCUAUUGUUCCAAAUUCACAACUUGUUGUUGACUUUGGUCUCACUAUCACUCCUCCUCUUGGUGAUUGAGCAACUAUUGCCCAUCAUUGUUCGACAUGGUCUGCUUCAUGCCGUAUGUUCCACUGAAGGCUGGACUCAGCGUUUGGAGCUAUUGUACUACCUGAAUUAUUUGGUGAAAUACUGGGAAUUGGCUGAUACAGUCUUCUUGGUGGUUAAGAAGAAGAAGCUUGAAUUCCUUCACUAUUUCCAUCACAGUAUGACGAUGGUCCUGUGCUACACUCAAUUAGUGGGUAGGACCACUGUGUCCUGGGUUCCUAUCGUUCUCAACUUGACUGUCCAUGUUGCUAUGUACUGGUACUAUUUGCAGACAUCGCGUGGUCUCAGAAUUUGGUGGAAGAAGUACUUGACGACAAUGCAAAUUAUUCAAUUCGUGAUCGAUCUUGUCGUUAUUUAUGCCUGCUCAUACAGUUACUUCACCUUCACCUACGCUCCAUACUUGCCUGGUGGUUUUGGAGAUUGUGCUGGAACAGAAGGAGCCGCUGCUUUCGGAUGUGCUUUGUUGACCAGUUACCUUUUCUUGUUCAUCAACUUUUAUCGCCAGACGUACAAGGCCAAGGCUAAGCAACCCCGCACCGCCACCAAAACACCCGAGAUCAAGAAUGACGUGAAGGACGUUAGACCCAUCAAAGCUUAGACAAACUAGCGACUGCGUGGUUAUUCCCCCCCCCCCCAAAAUUUUCAACUACGCAAACAGGCAGACUAGAGAGGUUUCAUUCGUAUUGCUGUGUAAACAAAAGCCCUAAAGGCUCAUUGUAAAUUCUGUCAUUUGUCUUGCUCUUUUUCGUCC